UCGUGCCUGGCAACACUUCUUUUUUGUUUACGCGGGAAAUUGGCGGUUUUUUGUUCGAGGCAAAAUUUGUAUUUUUGGAAAAUAUGGAAGGAAAAGUGAAACAAGAGACAAAACCCGCGAGAAUUAAUAGUUUGGACGCACUAGGACCUUACAUCGGACAGCAGGAUAAUGCGAAAAACUUUGUCUACAUUUCCGAUAUCCCACAAUUGUGCAAAGAUGAGCCGUGCAUGCUCGGGGUCGACGAAGCCGGUCGAGGGCCCGUGCUGGGUCCGAUGGUGUACGGAAUCGCCUUUUGUCCACUCUCGAAGAAGGAUAUCCUGAAGUCCCUCGGAUUCGCGGAUUCGAAGCAGCUUACUGAGGAAAAGCGAGACCAAAUAUUCGACGAAAUGAAUAAGGAGGACUAUGCUACCGAAGCGCUCGGCUGGGCCGUCGAAGCCAUCUCCCCCAGCACCAUCUCGAUGAGCAUGCUCCGGCGGACAAAGUGUUCGCUGAACGAAGUAUCGAUGAAUUCCGCGAUCGGGUUGAUCCACGCGGCCAUCGAGGCGGGCGUGAAUAUCGCCGAGGUGUAUGUGGAUACGGUGGGACCUCCGGAGAAGUAUCAGGCCAAACUGAAGGACAUUUUUCCCAAAUUCAAGAUCACCGUGGCCAAGAAGGCUGAUAGCACGUACCCCAUCGUAUCGGCUGCCAGUAUUGCGGCCAAGGUAACGCGCGAUCACGCACUGAAAGUGUGGCAAUUCCGGGAACGACCAAACGAAGAGGAGAAUUCCUUCGGAAGUGGCUAUCCGGGGGAUCCGACCACGAAAAAGUUCCUAGGCGAGGUGGAUCUUGUAUUUGGCUUUCCGCGUCUGGUUCGCUUCAGCUGGUCCACGGCUGGCAACGCUCUCGACAAGAAAGCCUACGAUAUGGAGUUCGACGAUGCCGAUGACGGUAAAGACGCGAAAUCGAAAGCAACGUACGGUAGCGAGAAACUGUCCAAGUACUUCUCGGCAUCGAAUAACGAAAGCAGAAAGAGGAACGAGUACUUCCGGGAGCGUUGCCUGGAACACGUGGUGGAGUUUUGAGAGGAAUAAAGCAGAUUUCCAUUCCAAUUGUUGAACCAUUUUUG